AUGCUGGGGUACCGGGGUCUGUGGCACACGCAGGGUUCCCUCAGGUCCAUAGAGACUCCGGGUACCAGCAAGCUGAAACCCUUAGGACGCUCCCCGCGGCCGCCCUUACCUUCAGCCGAAGGAGGAGGAGCCGCCGCCCGCGCCCCGGCCCGCCCCGCCAACUCAGCGCCCGCGCUGCAGGCCCCAGGGCCCAGUUCGCCGCUGGGCCACCCGCGUUCCCUGCACUCAGGACGAGUCCCUCCAACGCCCGGGGCUCCCCUGCCGCGGUGCAGUUCCACAAGCCUCCGCCCGCCUGCAGCAUCCAGAGAAAUCGCUAAGGCGCAGUCCAGGACAGUUGGAGGGGGCCGCGUCUCCCAGCACCCAACAGCACUGACGGCGAACCCUUCCCCUGCGCGCAAUGUCUCAGCUCGGCCGCCGCGGUCACCACCUCGGCCUUCGCGGGCAGUGCGGCGGGCUCCAGCCGGCUCCGUAAGCGCAGGGCGCCUAGCGAUGGAGCGGGGCGGGGCCUCAGGCUGUCCGCGUCUGCCUGAGACAUCCGCUUCCGGGGCUGCGGCCUUGUCACUACCCGGCUCUGUAGGCCCGCCAGGCUGUGCCCAGGGUCGCUCACUAAACCCUGAAUCGCGGUCGCCCUCGCCUCGCUCCCGGACGCCCUCGCCUCGCUCCCGGACGCCAGCACCCUGCUGCCCACUUCAGCCAGUCAUGCUGGAGCAUCUGAGCUCGCUGCCCACGCAAAUGGAUUACAAGGGUCAGAAGCUAGCUGAACAGAUGUUUCAGGGAAUUAUUCUUUUUUCAGCAAUAAUUGGAUUUAUCUAUGGGUACGUGGCUGAACAGUUCGGAUGGACUGUCUAUAUAGUUAUGGCCGGAUUUGCUUUUUCGUGUUUGCUGACACUUCCUCCAUGGCCCAUUUAUCGCCGGCACCCCCUCAAGUGGCUACCUGUUCAAGACUCAAGCACAGAAGACAAGAAACCAGGGGAAAGAAAAAUUAAGAGGCAUGCUAAAAAUAAUUGAUUGGGAGUUUUCAUGAUUCAGCUUUACUAUUGCAUCUGCUCCUGUAUGGUGUGAGAUGAGCUCAAUUCUCACACCCAAAACACGAGCUAAAAACCACCUAUGGUACAGCUGUGUAAAGAUUUUGUUCUCUUUAUAUUUCACUUCUCAGUUGGGCUUUGACUUAAACAUAUUUUAGACUUCUUCAUAAUCUUUGUUUGAAAUAGAGAACAGAAAAUACAAGUAUGCAAAGUUUCUUUCAGGUCUACAAAGAUAAUGAAUAUAUGUCUCAAAUGAUAGUACAAUUACCAAAGUUUUAUAAUUCAUUUUUAGUUAAGCUGUUUUAAUAUUUUCAAUUAAAACUCACAG